AUGCGUCUUGACGAGGUGCUCGAGCAGCAGCAGAGUGUAGAGGCGCAGUUUGAAUACCUGGUGGAGGUUCAUGGGAAAGUGCUGCUGGGUGAGGAGAAUAAGGGAGUUGGAUCAUGGAAUUUGGAUGAGGUCCGCAGGGAUCUCUCGGUCUGUUUGAACGAUUUUUGUAUACUCAAUGACCUCUUGGUGGCGCACGAUGGUGAGUUGAAGGGUCAGAUUGGGUUAUUGGAGGAGUCCCGUGUGGUGGUUGCAAAGUCGUUAGAGAGACAUUCGAAGUUGGUCUCUGAGAGGCAGAGUUGGAGUUCUACUUUGCAACUGGACCCUGCGGGUCCACCAAUUGAUUCUACCUCGCAUAACAUUUUGAUAAGUACAAGAUACAGGACAUAUUUGGACCAAUACAUUGAACUGGUCGGUGUGACUGAUACUUCGCUGGCACCAAAAGAUUCCCUCUCAGCAGACGAGAGGGGGUCGACUGAUGACAGAAAGAUUGCCAAUUCUUUGCAACUUUUAACCAAAUCGCAUGAAAGUAUUCAACAGGAAAUUGCACAGCUGAGUUCGCUCGUGAACGAGCUCAAGAAGGAUAAUUCCUUUAUUGAAAGGGAAAUAGCCUCCAAGCAGCACAGAAUACAGUUUGAAUUGCAAAGGCUUGAUGAGGCGUUGUUGCAAACAGAAAAAGAGAUUAAGUUGAUUUUAUCAGAUGCAGGAUUAAAACUACCAAGACACGAAGAUCACUCAAUCACGCAGAGACUGUUCAAUUUCAAACUGGACGAAGACGCCGAUAGAAAGGUCAAAGAUGAUAAAGAGCUGGAUGACGACAUAAUUCAGCAUGCACCAGCAUUUAUCGACGUAAGAUUGAACGCUACUAAAAACCCAUUGGCCAGCGAGAAAGAUAAAUCUUUGAAAGUGGUAACUGACAGAGACAUAUGGGCCGAUUGUGUCAACGCUGUACAAAAUCUUGAAGCAGAUCUCUCGAGGUCACUAGCACAAAACCGAGAAAUAUCAUCAAACGAUAUGAUAAUCAAGAUAGGGGAAACCACGCAUUACCUCGAAUCGUUAUUGAAUUCAGUGUAUAGUUCACAGGUCAGCAUAUUAAUCACGCAGGAGAAGGAAACGUUGGAGAGGGCCUGCCUAGAGCUUGACGCUACCGCACCUGUUAAAAGCGAUUUCACGACUUCAAAACCGACAAAUAUUCCAAACAAUAAAUCAGAGCUUGACAAAUCGGUCUCCAGAGCAAAUCCAUCGCAUUUUAUCGCAAAUAAAUCACCACCUAAGAUAGGCAUCCCUGAUAGCAAGCCAGUUCUCUCCGUCACCCAUAAUUAUGAUCUCAAAAAGAAAGAUUGA